GGUUAGCAGUGUUUUCAAACGUCUCAGUAUUAGGUGUCUGAAAACGUAGUGUGGACGCUAUGCAUCCCCGUAGCAAAAGUUCAACAGCUCGAAUACAAACUGAGCGUUAGACAACAGUUGUAUGGUUUCCCACGGUGCGGAAACGCAGCACGAGGCCAACACGUCAUCAUAAAUGCUGCUGUUAGCCAGUUAGCAAAGAUGGUGGACAUGUUACGGAGUCCCCAGCACGACAAGUAACUUCAGAACCGCCUGUAACGUUUGCUCCGCAGCUCGGUGCCCUAAACAGACCGACAGCGCUUCUCUGUGUGUAAAAUGGAGGAUGUGGAGAUCACAGAUGUCAAUGACGAUGGCUCGCCUUAUCAGGCGGAGAAGGCGCCCAUCAGAAACCAGGACCUGACUUCCCUGAGCCUGACUGUGGGAGAGCUUAUGUCCCAGUAUGGAUGGUACCUACUGCUCGGGACUCUUCUGCUCUACCUGCUCAUCCAGUACCUGAGCAAGAGGAGAUCCAGCCAGAGCCGCUCCCCCCCACAGACACUGCAAGAUGCUGUGUUAGGGGCUAGAAGACAAGAAGCCAUGGAAGCAGCUCGGAUAAAGAUGCAAGAGGAACUUGAUGCCAAAGCUGGCAUCUUCAGAGAGAAACAGAAACAGCAAGAAGAAGAGAAGAGGAGGCAGAAAAUCGAGAUAUGGGAGAGUAUGCAACAGGGAAAGAGUUACAAAAGAACUGCAAAACCUUGUCAGACCACUGGAGAGGCCAGCUCCUCAACAACAGAGGCUAAACCAAAGCCAGACAAGAAGCCCCUUCGCAGUGCAGACUACAGCCCCCUGAGCGGACAGGGAGGGGGCUCCUGCUCCUGGAGGCCUGACACCAAGAAGGGGCCUUCAGCUGGUGGAUGAGGUUAAAGACGGUCAGAGACAUUGGUCUGUAUGACCUUUGACCUCUGACAUCCAAAUGUGCACACUGACUGACUGAACCAAGCUCCCAUUUGAUUUUUACUUACUCCAUACUUGUAGUGGGUGUUAGCAUCAUUAAUUGAAUCUACCUGCUUUCCUGUUUGAUUCCUUAUUUACUCUCUACUCUCAAAGAUACUCUGAUUAUCAUGCAUCUUGGAUUUGAAAGCUUGUAAUGACGCCAUUCCUGUAAUCGGUAUGUAACCAGUAGGUUUGGCUGAUGAAUUCCACAGUCAGUGUGUUUUUUUUCUUGCACCAUAGAUUUAAAGUUGAUGUUCCUACAGCAGCUGCAGCUGGUGGACACAUGGUUAAUUACAAGAAAUAGAAUAUUCUGAUAAAGCGGUUAACAUUUUUGAUCUUUUAAAAUACUGUUCUGCGCAUUUUUUUAAUGUAAUAAACAAUUGAUCACCGGGA